AUUUUUUAAAUUUUUUACAUAUUUUUUUAAUUCUUCGUGUUUAAUUUUCCAUUUAGAAUUUAUGUUAAAUAUAUUAUAAAACUACAAAAUGAAAGAACAUGAUUUUAUAACAGACGUCGAUUUUAUGAAAAUUCCGAAAGAUUCUUCAAGAGCAAUAAAGUUUAUUGUGGAACUCCUCCUUCUUCAUAUAUAUCCGUUAAUAAAACGAAUCGGUAAUAAAUUAAAUAACAAUACAUCUGAUGCAUAUGCAUUGCCUGAAGAAUAUGCAGUUCAAAUAAGCAAUGUUUACACUUUGUGUUUAGAUCAAAUAAAGAAGUCUGUUGUGACAUUGAUACAUGUUGUGAAAUUGGAAAAUAACAAAAAACUUUAUCUCCAGGAAAGUCGUAACUGUACAUUGGAAAGACUGACAUGGUGUUAUAAUAAAUUAUUGUCAAUUGAAGAAUUUUUAAACACACCUAGUGAUGCAAUUGACCCCGAUAACCCUAUAAUUGCUAUAACAAUGUAUUUUGUAAAUUGGAUUGAUCAAACAUUUGAGGUCCUCAACAAAUUGUCUAACAUUGUCUAUCGAACGGAUGUCAAGGAUGACGAAGAACAAUACAGGAAAUGGAAGAAUGAAAUUGUUGAAUGUGUGUUGAGUCUUCACACAUCUAUAGAUGAACUUUUGUUGUCGGCACUAACUCUCUGCAAAUACUGUUUGCCUGACGACCAACCUGUGGUUAAAGCUCACUGCCAAGUGGUAAUGAGGGAAACAAAUGCGCUUCUGAGUUAUCUUAUUGACGGAGAUCUAAAUGCUGUCAAGGCCACACCCGAAACACUUAAGUUACCAAUAAAUCCAUUCAACAUUAAUGUACUGAUUGAUGUUUUUAAGGAUGUUUUGUAUGUAUUGGAAACAAACACAAACACAGCAUUGCUGGCAUUAGUCGUUCAUUGUUUUAGUCAAAGUGUGUCACCAACGGAUAUGUUACAAGAGCAUUUUGAUGUCGGUUCAGGAACAUGUAUAUGUUCUAAAAAUGGUAAUGCUGUGGAUAAUUGUAAGAUUAUAAAGGAAUUUGAUUUGCACAAUGAAAGACUGUUGAACAUUGGAUCGUUUGCUAUGUCGUGCUCCUCGGAUCAGAGAAGAAUACUAUCUCUACGAAGUGGACUUGCGAGUCUAGAAGCUUUGGACCCUCAUUUAGUGCCAGCUGUGAUGACGUCAUCAAAAAGUCCGCACUCGUCAAUACUAAUUGAUAUUUGGAAUCAAGAGGUCAAACAAAUAAGGGAUGGGAUAUUUUUAAUUGUCGACCCCGCAGCUUUUGCAGAUAAAGUUAAGCAAAUGAUGCAUCAGAAAAUUCAGGAAAUAACUAAGGAUAGUGCAUAUAAUAAUACAAGGACCUGUACAGUGAUCAACAUGGGUUGUGUAGUAUAUGAGUUCUUCAAAGUAUAUGAACAGUUUGAACCGGAUGCAUUGAGAUCUCACGAACUUUUGACGCCUUUAUUAAGAGAUUUGAAUAAAGUUCAAAUGGAAUGCAAAAUCGUGAACAACUUACUAUCUCAAGCGGGCGAUCAUAAGUACAACGUAAAAAAGGCCCAAAACAAAAAUGCUUCAUUUAAACAGCUUGUAAAGAGACUGAAACUGCUCUACAAACUAGUUAAAACAAUAAAUAAUAUACUGAAUCCGUCAGAAAACGAAUUUUACGAUGAACCGGAAAUGAAAAACAUCACUCAGACCAUAUGUCUGAACGGAAAUACUUACGUUACAUCACCGAAAAAAAUCAACAAUAUGACAAGAAGUAUAUUUGCAAGAACAAAUUUGAGAUCUUCCACAGGAAAAUUUCCCUUAGCUGUUCUAACAAAACAUAUGAAGGCUAGAACGAAUAAUGAAUUGAGUUUCUCAGUACAAUUGGACCAAAUAUGCAAUAUAUCUGAUAUAAAAAUCAAUCGAGAAGCUUCUAUACUAUAUCAGACACCUUUAAAAACACGGUCUUUAAGAAAGGCUGUACUCAAUAAGGUUGUGCCUAUAGAUUUAGAACAGAAAUGGAAUGAUACGGAAAAAACUUUUUCGGAAAGGGAGAGUAUGAUUGAGGACACUAGCUUGCAAAUUACAGAUGUUCUAAACCAAAUAAACGAUUUAAUGUGCAACAUAACGGCAUCGAAAAGGAGUUUUAAUUCGACAGUUUUCAUAGAGAAGUCUUGUUAUUUAGGUAAUAAGAGUAGUGUGAAAUUUGACCGCGUUUGGGACAUUAGUGUCGACGAUGUCGGAGAUUUGGGAGUGUCGAAUGACACGCCGUCAGAAAUCAACACUCUGGAGAGAAUUAACGAUCUUGAUUUGGUUGAAAGUAAACUGAGUGAUUUGAAAACAGGACAGUUUGAAACUAGCUUAUAAGUCGAGACGAAUGUAAGGAGGGGUUUUAUAUAUUGAGGUGUUCAAAGAUUGGGUUUACUGUUUAAUUUAUUAAUUUCACUCUUACUAAGUUUUUAAUAAGUGUAUACAACUAAGUUAACAAAAUUGUUACAAUAUAUUUUACAUAUAUUUACAUAUACAGGCUCAAAUAAUUGAGUGGAAGGUAUUUUUUUUUAAGUUUAAGGUAAACUUAAUGAAAAUGGCUCCUGGUAAAAUUAUGAUAAUCAAAAAUCUUGUAUAUCAUGUAUUAGACGUAAAUUUAUCAUAUAUUAGCUGUGCCCGCGACUUUGUUUGUACGGCAAAUCUGUUUUUUUUUUCAUUUUGUUCAUUAACAUUAUUAAAAAAAAUAAUAACAAUGGUAGUCUGAAGUUAGAAUUUCCUUUUAUUUCCGCAAUCUGCAUUCAGAUGUUUCAAAUAUUAUCAGAGACAAACAAACAAUGAAAAAUUGUAUGAGAAAUUGUCUCGGUAGAUAUAUUUAUCGUGUGUAGGUACUAAAUGUAUUAAUUUAGAAAAAAAGCGGUUAUUUUAAUGAAAGAAACGUACUUCAAUUUUUUAUUAUUAGUAUACCUUUAUGUCAAUAUUUUUGUCUCUCUGAGUUUAAAAAAAAGAAAUGUUAUCGAAUUUCUGUUGAUGAAUGAAGUGUUGUGAUAGUGAAGGAGAGUUUUUACAAUGUUGAUCCGACACAAUCUUUUAGUUAGUAUAUUAAUUAACGAACAUGGCAACACAAAGCUCAGUUUGAUGACUUUUCAACCUUCACGUCCUCAGAUAUAAAUUUUUAAGUGCGAGUAUUUCAACGAUUCUAAAACAUUUAAUAAUAUAUACCAAAAUCAGUGUAGAUUUUUAUUUUGUGAUGACAUUUUUCUGCAAUGAAAUGUAAUAGUAAUUAUAAUAGUUGUAAUAAUUUUGAUUAUAUUUUAUAUUCAAUAACUUAAAUGAAUCGAAAUGAUUCUUCCAUAGUUCUAUAAUUAGAAUAAGUUGUUUUUUUUUUAAAUUUAAGUACAAGCAAGCGUAAGUUUUGCUGGUAUUUUUUUUAACAUACACUUAAGUGAAAGUGUAUUUAUCUCACAAGUCCGUCCAGUGUUUGUGUCUAAACUUUUUUUUAUUGUAAUAUGUAAUAAAGCAUAAUUUAAAGAAAA